GCAGCUGUUACAUUUAAGAGCUGUCAGGAGCUGGACUGACAUCAGCAAACACUGUUGCAUUAAGGAUGCUUAAUCUGCGGGCAGCUCAGAGCCAGUUCACCCAUGAAGUGCGAGAGCCUGGGCUAUGGGUUUGGAGGGUGGAGAAGAUGAAGGCUGUGCUCCUUGACCCUUCGCAGAGGGGGAUCUUCUACAAUGGAGAUGCGUACAUCGUGCUCAGCAACCGUGGAAAGGAUGGAAGUGACCUGCACAUGUGGAUGGGGGAAAAGUCUUCCCCGGAUGAGCAGGGUGCUUGUGCCAUGCUUGCCACUCAACUGGACAGCUUCUUGGGAGGAGAGCCAGUGCAACACAGACAGGUGCAGGGCUUCGAGUCACAUGAAUUCAUGGGACUUUUUCCUAAAGGAGUCAGCUAUAAGGAGGGUGGGGUGGAGUCAGGCUUCAAGAGUGCCAGGUCUAGAAUUGAUCCUGUUAAAUAUCUGUACCAAGUCAAAGGAAAGAAAAACAUCCGCGCAAGAGAGGUGGAGUUUAGCUGGGGGAGCUUCAACAAGGGGGACUGUUUCAUACUGGACCUGGGAGAGAAUAUAGUCGUAUGGAUUGGUUCCAAAGCCAACAUGUUUGAGCGACAGAAGGUGCGUGAGAUAGCAAUGCUGAUCAGAGACACCGAGAGGAAUGGCAAAGCUCACAUCAUUGAUGUUCGAGAGGGAGAGGAACCAGUAGAGAUGGUCAAGGCACUUGGUCCAGUUCCAGCUCUGAAGGACAGCUCAACAGAGGAAGACUCUGAAGCAGAUAUCACCAAUUCUGCUUCCCUUUACAAGGUGUCUAAUGCAACAGGCCAAAUGACUUUAACAAAACUGUGUGACAAAGGACCUUUCGGUCAAGAGCUGCUGGAGAAAGACGACUGCUUCAUACUGGACAAUGGAUCCAAUGGGAAGAUCUAUGUUUGGAAAGGGAAUGGAGCUAAUGCAGAGGAGAAGAGAGUCGCCUUGAAGGUAGCAGAUGAGUUUAUUACCGAGAUGAAUUACCCCAGGAUGAGAACGCAGGUGGAAAUUCUCCCUCAGGGUCGUGAAUCGGUGCUCUUCAAACAGUUCUUCAAGAGCUGGAGUUAAACAUCAACACCAGCAGGAUGUAUGAUACUCUUUUUGUAUUAUCGCACAGCAUACUAGCCUUGAGUGGUGUAGAAGACUACCUGUUGAAACUCUUUGCUGU